UUUUGGUUGCGGUUGACGACUGACAACUGAGGGCAGUGCUAGCGUUCCUAGAUAAGCGCACACAUCGCUUCUAUCGCAUCGCAUCUGGCUCAAAUUUGUAGUUGUAACAUGCUGUGGCUGCUUUAAUAAGUUGCUCUUUUGACAGAAAACUAAACAUUUAAAAAUACAUUUUUCACUCGACAAAAACUCGUGAAACAUAUUUAUAUUCUUGCUAUAUGUGUAUAAUUUCGAACUCGAGCUAAAAUGGAUAGAACAAUGUAUGGAAAAUUUGAUCCCGGUGCACGACAGCCCUACCGUACAAUACGAGCGAAAGGAAUACAACCAGGAUAUGCACUUCUUGCCGAUCUGCAGAGCAGUGUGCCCGGCAAUCGUCCACCACAGUACAAUACCUCCAAUAUUAACUAUGGCGAUAGCUCAGGCUACGGCAGUUUGCGUGGUAAAGCAGCGCAGCCACCGGUAGUGCAUCAAGAACACUACAGUGUUACCGAAACAAGAACGGCGGCAUCACCAACGCGCAAUGUUGGUGGCUACAAUGGUUUGGGCAGUAGCAUCGGUUCGUCACCGGUGGGACAGUCAUAUAAUUACCAAAAUCAGGGAACACUUGGACGUACGAGUGGCGCCUAUAAUGGCUCUCCCGUGCAACAAAACUCGAAAAAUCUAUCUGAGCUGGAUUCGCUUUUGGAGGAUUUGAGUAAUGCCAGAUAUAAUAGUAAUUAUGAGAAAAAAGAAAACAUAGUGCCAACGAGUUAUAGUUCAAUCUCCAAAUAUAAUACCUACAAUUCCAGCGACGAGCGGCCAACAAUUGAUAGUCUUCUUAGCGAAAUGGAUAACGCCUCAAACUAUGCUGUACCUAACGGAAGCCUUACCAAGUCACCAACGCCUGGGCGACAUGUUAGCAUUACAGUACGCGAGACCAAAACUGAGACACUUGCGCCAGAAGGUCCAGUUGGCAUUGUUGAAAAGGAAAUCGUACAGAAUGACAUUUAUGUGCCAAAUCAAGCGCCGCCAUCGGGUUAUGCAUCGUCAGCCACUAAGGAAUUGGAUGAUUUAAUGGCAUCGCUAUCUGAUUUUAAGGUUAAUAACGGUUCGAAUCAUCACCACCAAACAGUUACCGAUUACGCUAAGCCAAAUAAGGGCGUGUCACAUUUAACGCAAAUCAUCACCGAGAGCACCACUUCUACCGUUGUAGAAGAUAACGAACCAGAUCAGUUGGAUUCUAUGCUUGGUAGUUUACAAGCCAAUAUGAGUCGUCAAGGAGUCAAUACCGUGCAAAAGGGCUGCUGCAAUGCCUGCGAAAAGCCAAUUGUGGGCCAAGUGAUCACAGCCUUGGGCAAAACCUGGCAUCCAGAGCACUUCACAUGCAACCACUGCAACCAGGAGUUGGGCACACGCAACUUCUUCGAACGCGAUGGCUUCCCCUACUGUGAGCCAGACUACCACAAUCUAUUCAGUCCACGUUGCGCUUACUGCAAUGGCGCUAUUCUAGAUAAAUGCGUGACAGCUUUGGACAAGACAUGGCACACAGAGCACUUUUUCUGUGCACAGUGCGGCCAGCAAUUCGGCGAGGACGGCUUCCAUGAACGCGAUGGCAAACCCUACUGCCGCAACGAUUACUUCGAGAUGUUCGCGCCCAAGUGCAAUGGCUGCAAUCGUGCCAUUAUGGAGAACUACAUCUCGGCGCUGAACUCGCAAUGGCAUCCGGACUGCUUCGUCUGCCGGGAUUGCCGACGGCCCUUCCAAGGUGGCUCUUUCUUCGAUCACGAAGGUCUACCCUACUGUGAGACUCAUUACCAUGCAAAGCGCGGUUCGCUAUGCGCCGGCUGCUCCAAACCCAUCACAGGUCGCUGCAUUACUGCCAUGUUCAAGAAGUUCCAUCCGGAACAUUUUGUGUGCGCCUUCUGCUUGAAGCAGCUCAAUAAGGGCACCUUCAAAGAACAAAACGACAAGCCAUAUUGCCACGAAUGCUUUGAAAAAGUUUUCGGAUAAAUAGUGCAAAUAAAAUCAUCACCCAUAAGUUGCACAUACGAACUAUAUAGAGAUUAUGUUUGUCACUUGUGUUGUUAGUGUUAGACAAUGGUGGAACGAGUGUUUAUUUCUAUGUAUUAAAAAGUAAACGAAAACUUUUUUAUAAUUUAUAUUUUUUCGAAAUUUAAAAAUUUGCAUUUUAAUUGCCACAGCACUAGAAACGUAAAAUAAUUUUGAGCAAACAUAAAAUCAAUAAAUAUUUUUUUCAAUUCUAAACAUUAGUAAAUAGUUUAUAAUAUUUAAUUAAUUGUACACAUUUUAUUAACUCCAAUUGCUUAAAGUAACCAAUGCUUAAAUGUUAUGCCGACCAAACCGUUAUAUUUUUAGACAAUUUUUUGUACCGCCUUUGCUUCGUUCUUUGUGUAAACAUUGAUUGAAUUCGUAAGCUACACGUAACAUUUUUAUUAUAAUUUACUGUUGUUAAGUAUACAAAUUACAAUUGACUCUUAUGUAACUCCGCACGAGUCUCGCAAAACUCAAAACUUUGUUAAUAAUGUACUAAAAGUAAUCGUUUAUUAUUAGAAGUUGCAAUCGAAAUGAAAAUCAUGUAUAUUCCAAGUGUUGGAAGUGUCGAAAAAUUGUAAGAGAUUGUUACCGUUAAAGAGUCGUGCAAUUAUUUACGAGUAAAAUUUAUUGGUGAAGCGAAUAAAUCGAAUUGAAUAAAUUUAUAACGAAACAAGCUA